AUGUCCAGCCGUCAAUGCCUCCGCCUGGCCGCAGGUGCUUCGAUGCGCCCUGCUGUUCGCGCCGCUCCCAGAUACGCUACUCGCUCUGCCGCCGCUCUGAGAUGCCUCUCUACCUCGUCCGUCUCGCGCUCCUCUGCUCUCCUGUCACAACAACCGAGGACACCCGCACACCUCCUCCGCUCUUCUCCCAUUGCCCAGGUCCAGACUCGCGGCUAUGCUGAGAAGGUCGUCCAGGUCCCUACCAUGGCCGAAUCCAUCACAGAGGGUACCCUGAAGCAGUUCUCAAAACAGGUCGGCGACUACGUCGAGCAGGAUGAGGAGAUCGCUACCAUUGAGACCGACAAGGCUGGUACUAUCAAGGAGUUCUUGGUCAACGAGGAUGACACCGUCACUGUCGGUCAGGACCUGUUGAAGAUGGAGCUUGGUGGUGCUCCUUCUGGUGGUAAGGAGGAGCAGGCCAAGGAGGAGCCCAAGGCACCCGCCUCAGACAAGCAAGAGACCUCAUCUCAACCCGAAGGCGGAAAGGAGAAGGAGGCCCCCAAGGAGGAGAAGAAGCCCGAGCCCAAGAAGGAGGAGCCCAAGCAGGACAACAAGCCUGCACCUGCCCCCAAGAAGGACGACAAGAAGCCUGAGCCCAAGAAGGACUCGAAGCCCAAGGAGGAGUCUGCUUACGGCAGCCGCGAGGAGCGUCGCAUGAACCGCAUGCGUCUGCGUAUCGCCGAGCGCCUGAAGCAGUCGCAGAACACCGCUGCUUCGCUCACCACCUUCAACGAGGUCGACAUGUCGGCCCUGAUGGACAUGCGCAAGCAGUACAAGGAUGAGAUCCUCAAGAAGACUGGCGUCAAGUUCGGUUUCAUGUCCGCCUUCUCCCGCGCUUCCGUCCUCGCCAUGAAGGACCUUCCCGCCGUCAACGCCGCCAUCGAGGGUCCCAACGGUGGUGACACCGUCGUUUACCGCGACUACGUCGACAUCUCCGUCGCCGUUGCUACCGAGAAGGGUCUCGUCACCCCUGUCGUCCGCAACGCUGAAUCUAUGGACAUGAUCGGCAUUGAGAGCGCCAUUGCCGAGCUCGGCAAGAAGGCUCGUGACAACAAGCUCACCAUUGAAGAUAUGGCCGGUGGUACCUUCACCAUCUCCAACGGUGGUGUCUUCGGUUCGCUCUACGGUACUCCCAUCAUCAACCUGCCCCAGGCCGCUGUCUUGGGUCUGCACGCCAUCAAGGAGCGUCCCGUCGCUGUCAACGGCAAGGUCGAGAUCCGCCCCAUGAUGUACCUCGCCCUUACCUACGACCACCGUCUUCUUGACGGCAGAGAAGCCGUUACCUUCCUCGUCAAGGUCAAGGAGUACAUUGAGGACCCCCGCAAGAUGCUCUUCGGCAUCUAG